CGUACCUCGAAGCAGGGGGCAUAACUUGAAGUUGUCUAAUCACACAAAACCACGCGAGAUCUCAAAACGAGAUGUUGUAUGCAAGAUGGCAGCUCGCAUGGAGGCAGCGCUUCACCCAACAGUUUGUAAGGAAGGCAUAUUAAAAAAACCCAUUUCUGAAGGACAGUACUACAAAUGCCAAUUCUGUAGCAAAACGGGAGAGUAUGCAUAUGUUGUGGCACAUAUGCAAACACACGAGAAGACAACUGUUAAACAUGGAGGGUAUAAAAUGUACAGAUGCCACUGUGGACGUUACAAAAGCCAUCAUUAUCACUGCUGCUACUGUGCGAGGAUUUUAACUCGGCAAAAUUUAUUUCUGAACCAUCUGAAAAAAUGUGGGGUAAAUAACCCAUCAAUAGUUUCCUGUGUUUCUGCGCCCUCCGUUGUCUGUGCAUCAUCAAGCAUCUCUGCAGCCUCCAAAGCUUCCGUACCCUCCAGCACCAUCUCUGCAUCCUCCAGCGCCAUUGCAACCUUCAGCUUCUGUGCUCCCUCCAACGGCGUCGUUGCACCUUCCAAUGUUUCUGCAGUUUCCAGCGUGUGCGCAUCCUCAAGCGUCUCUGCAACCUCCAACAUCUCUGCACGCCCCAGUGUCCAGUUCCUUGCAGCUUGCAGGACACCAAUUUCCUAUCUAACGGUCAUAACACUGUCUAAAAGUGAUGACACACCUGCCUCAUCAGCUCCUACCCAAACCACCUGUAUGAGUAACCAAAAAAUACUCAAGUCAAGGCCCAAAGGAACUACAUGUGCAUCCUAUAAUUUGAUUGUGAACAAGAAAAACAUUGAGCUUCACCCAACAGUUUGUAAGGAAGGGAUAUUAAAAAAACCCAUUUCUGAAGGCCCGUACUACAAAUGUCAGUUCUGUUGCAAAAGGGGAGAGUAUGCAUAUGUGGUGGCACAUAUGCAAACCCACGAGAAGACAGCUGUUAAACAUGGAGGGUAUAAAAUUUACAGAUGCCACUGUGGAUUUUGCAAAAGCCAUCAUUAUCACUGCUGCUACUGUGCGAGGACUUUAACUCAGCAAAAUGUAUUUCGGAACCAUUUGCAAAAAUGUGGGUUAGCUAACGCAUCAAUAGUUCCUUGUGUCUCUGCACCCUCCAGGGUUUCCGCACCCUCCAGCUCUGUCUGUACACCCUCCAGUGUUUCUGCAGCUUCCAGCGUGAGAGCACCCUCUAGGGUUGCUGCGUCCUCCAGUGUUUCUGUACGCUCCAGUGACCAGUGCUUGACAGCCUGCAGGACAACAACUUCCAAUCCAACAGUCAUUACUCUGUCUAAAAGUGACGACAAACAGGUCACAUCAACUUCUACCCAAACGAGUAACCCAAAAAUACUCAAGUCAAUCCCCAAAAGAACUACAUGCCCAUUCUGUAAUUUAAUUAUGAACAAGAAAAACAUCAAGGUACACAUUCAAAGACGUCACUCAUCAGCAAAUACAGAUGGAAAAGCAAAUCCCCAUCUUCCAUCCCAGAGCAUGGACUAGGGAUGUCACAAUUUCAUAUCUUAUCAUACUCCAUAAAUUGGUCCAGUUACUUAGCUAUACAGCCACUUUAAUUGUAUUGCCUAGGACAAUUUCCCCAUUGAGGAACAAUAAAGUAUUUAUGAUAUUAUUUAAUCUCCUUUUUAAUUUAGUGUCAUUUACUACACGGAACAGAGAGGAUUCUACUUGGAAAAUGAAUUUACUGCAGCACUGACUGUUUUUAGGAGGCUUUAGGCACUUUAUAAGAUCUUAUUUUUUUUUAUCGGAUUUAAUGUUGCAGCAGUUGCCAGAAACUGACAAUUAGUGCCAAAACAUAUUAGACUGUUUAAAUAAAACUUCAUUUUGUUGCACUUCAAUUUAGCAUUUCUCACAAUUAUUUGUUGUGCUACAUUUGCUAUUACUUUGUAGCCUAAAUAAGGCCGUAAUGUUCUUAAAGGCAAACACCACAAUUUUUCAAU